GGUUUUUAUUAAUAAAAGUGCAGGAACUUCUGGGUAAAAGAAAAUUCAUAUUUGAAGUAAGCGGUCGGAUUUAAUCUACGGUUGCCAUUACACUCAUCCCAUUUGCCCACGAAUCGUUCUGGAAAUGGGAAAGACUUCUACCUUUCCUCCGGGAAGUUCACAGUUUGAAUCAACAGAAAUACGCUGACACUUAAAUCUGUUUCCCCAUCCACCAUGAUUUUGUCAUCAUCGGUAUGUGAUUUUCUCGCUUCGUCUCUCUUAACACUAUAUUCUCAGACAUUCACUAUUUCCGUUCUUCUCCCAAGACUUCAGUCUAAUCAACCUUCACGCCUGUAUGGAGGUAAAAUUAUCGCUAACUCUAUGGAUAAAAUUUCUUCUCUAAAGUUUAAUAGUCGCUCAGCUCCAAAUUCCCCGUCUUCUGUGGAACUCAAAGUUCAUUACUGCUUUCACAAAAGCCCGCCAUAAUUGAGCAACACAAUAAGUAUUUGUGAGGGCAAUUCUCUAUAGUUACACGCGUUCUAGACGGAGUCGAGUGGCCAGCUUCGCGUCCUGGCCGAUUUACCCCGUGGAAAGAGCACUCAGGUGCCUACAGAAUACAAGGUUUAGGGGGGCCCAAGAGCCAAUCUGGAAGCAGUGGCGAAGAGAUAAUUCUGCCCCUACGAGCUAAUCAAACCCCGUUGAUUCAGCUCGUAGCAAAGUGAGUAAACAGACUUGCAGUUUCACACCCGAAUAGGGCGUAAUUAUAAUACAGACUUCCAGGGCCAUUUCCACUAAUUACCGAUAUCGGUUUGACACCGAGCGGUUUCUCAGGUCGUGGUGUUCUCCGGUCUCGGUCGUUCCCCCCUCCACAUUCACGUCUUUCCCGCCGCAACGGACAGAGGAGCCUGGCAUCUAGUGUUCAGCCAGCCCGCCUGGAACCAAGACGCACUGCGCACGACACCCUGGACUAUGACGGCGUCGGCGACAAUGCUCAUCGUCAAAGCGUCAGUAUUUGCCGCCGCGGUGAUUGGCCUCUUGGGGAACGUCGACAUGGCAGUGUCACCAGUAGACGAGUCGGGAAGUUCGUCCGCUUGGGAACUGCUACAAGUGAAUAGCAGAAGAAGUUGCACGUACGAGGGUUUGGUGUACGCAGAAGGUCAACAGGUGGUUAUUAGCGAGGAACCAUGUCUGAACUGCAGUUGUCGCCAGGGGUCUCUAGUGUGCUACCUGCAUGUAUGUCGCCCCCUACCAAAUCCACCACCGCCAGAAUGCGUUCUGGUUCAUCGCAAACAUCACUGCUGUCCAGAACUUAUCUGCAAGGAUGGAGGAACCUUAAAGAAAAAGUUGGAUGGACGAUCGGAUUUAAUACCUGGAGGGACUGACACGAAGACAGACGGCGCUUGUGUGGCCAAUGGAACUGUAUACGCGGAGGGUUCAGCGAUGCAUACGUCUGGGCUGUGCGACUACUGUUACUGUAUCAGAGGAAAUCAGCAGUGCACGCAACCACAGUGUCUUCUAUCGCUGGAGGGCUGCACACCUGGUUACAGAGCCCUCUCCUGCUGCCCAACACACUAUGACUGCAGUGAAGCCAUUGCUGCUGAUACAACAACAACAUCUACAGAACCAUCGACUUUUGUUGGAUGUGAAUUAAAUGGUCAGUUCUAUCCCGAGGGGGAAAUGGUUCAAACGGUGGCCCGAUCAAAAUGUGAGAAAUGCUACUGUUUGAAGAGCAGGAUACAGUGUGUGACUAUAGAAUGCACGCCCCCUCCGUUGGGAUGCAGUCCCGUCAUAACUUCAGGAAAAUGUUGUCCAACAAGCUACAACUGCAGUGGAGUGAGUGAACUGGAGCUAACGGAAGACAUCUUUCCGGCUCUUGACGCAGGCAACAAUCAUCUUGAAUUGUACACAGAUUCUAAGUUACCGAGCAGUGCAAUAACCAAGCGGAAACAGGUUAGUUCAGUUCGCUCAAUGCCUGGAUCACUAAUAAAAUCAAAAAAUCACUACCAGCAACAAGUCACCGGUGAAGGAAGAAGCAACCAUGAUGGCAUCAAAGGAGCUACAAACAGCACCACUACAGAAACAUCAACAGAUGAUUCAAUGACUAGUGGUACCACGGCGGACACAACUACUGAGGAAAUAAGUUCAGAGACGACUAUCACUGCCACCACGACAGAUGUCACAACCACCAGCACACUGCAGCCCACUACAGUCACUGUGCAGACCACCCCAGAGGCUUCAGGUGAUAACAAUACUCAAGAGAGAUUUCUAGUGACUCAGACAGAAGACAACCAAGUGACCACAGCCACAACUAUGAGUGAUGAAGACAAAAACCUUGCGACCAUGUUAACAGAGAUGACAUUUAUGACAUUGUUUCCUACAACAAUGAUAAUACCAGAAGAUAUGUAUGUGGCAAACAUAACAGUUCACAGCAAUGUGACCAUUGUUGAAAAAGAUGAUAAUAUCACUGCUGUGAAUGGAUCAUUACCGCCCAUACGUGCGAUUCCACCAGAGAUUGAAGCUAUCCUUAACAUCACUCGUAAAAAAGAUGAUGAUUAUGAAUACGAUUACAAUGAGCCUUCAUUACCGCCAUCUUUGCCAAACUUAAGAAUUAUUCCCUUUGUAGCAGCAGGUGCAGUUUUAGAAGAUGAUGAUGAUGAUGUGGAUAGGCCCACAUCUUAUCCUGGACAGGACAAACACAGACCAACAGACAAUCCACUGUACUACAAACUUUCACAUCCAAAUCGCUUUUCACCGCCUGUUGAAACAGAAGGUGGUUUUGUUCCACGUGAACCUAUUCUGGAUGGGCCAUACUAUGAGUCAAAAUAUGAAGUGCCGUAUCACACGACUGGGCUCAAUAUUCCUGAAGCACAUAUGUCUGUUGAUAUUACAGUUGGGACAAUUAUCCCUCCAUCAAUAACACUGCUGCCAAAGACAGACAAUGAGCACUGCCUGUCCGAUGGUCGAGAGUUUCGGCAUGGGGAGCUCAUUUCAGAGCCUGGCAUGUGUGUCACCUGUCUGUGCUACUACGGAGAGGUGCUGUGUCAGGAGGACAAGUGUCCACAUGUCAAGACUGGAUGUCGACGUCUCAAGGAGAAGGAACUUGGUGUCUGCUGUGGGCGAGUCAUCUGUGACGAUGCUGAAUCACCAACAGUAGUGUUGGAUCGAAUUGACAUUACUCCAAGUCCUCUACAGACACUGCAGCAACAGGCUGCUGCACAUCUUGGCGCCAUUGUACCUCCUAUCACAGUAGCUGAUGGUGUUGUAACUCCAGACCCCUUCAGAGAUGUAAUUCGGACAGAACAAGCUCCAGAUUUGCCAUCUCUCAUUGAGGAUAUGAUGCCAUAUCUUCUGGAGCAUCAUGCUAGCACCAGCAUUACUACUACUACCACUACCACAACAAAACCUUCUACCACGCCUAUUCAGGAGAGAAAGACUACAAGUGCCACUGUGUCUUUCACACAGACAUCCACAUUUAAUAACAGCAUUGACCCCAUUACUCAAGAUGUCCUUGGAAAAACCAGCAGUAGCAGCAACAACAAAGGAAGACCAGUGGAAAAACUACCCCACAAUACAGGCCCUGAUGACAAUCUUAACACAGAAGAAGACAAAGAUGAAGUUUCUGGUAUUUCUUUGGACAGUGUUCUUCAGUUCCUAUUUUCUGAUGAUGAGACCACUAAAACACCAUACACUGCAACACGUAGGCCUACAAUGCAGCGUCCUAGCAAUGACAGUAGUACGUCACAAAAAAUUACGUUCACAUCACACAACCUGACUGCAACACAUUCAUCUGAGAAUUUGAGUGAAGCACAAAACAAAAAGCAAUCCAAAAAUACAACCAUCAAAAUAAAUACAACACCAAACAAUCAAGAUGUCCUUAAUUUCAUGACGGGCUCGACAGCUUCCGGUAUCAAGGACAAUGUAAUACCACAGGCAGUGACGACGGUUUUGAACAAUGUCAACCCAACUGCCAGCAGUCGCGAACCUCCCCCAGGAAGGCCUCCCAAUCUUCAACACUCUCAGUUGCCAGCACCAGUGUCAGCAGACCCAGGGGCAGCAUCAGGGCUUCUGAAACUCGCAGGUUGUAACAUCUACGGUCGCAUGUACCGGGUUGGAAGAAUAAUUUCGGAACUGUCCGGUCCCUGCCUGGAGUGCAUGUGUACAGAAGUCGGGGUGCAGUGUCGACCACUUGACUGCUGAUGGCAUUAUGAUUAUGGUUCCCAACUGAUGGUCUUCAGAACUACAGAAAAUGUUAGCUAAGGAUUCAUAUUGUGCUAUCUAGAAAUGGCAUCCAUUGAAACACCAUUGACAUCCUAAAUGCAUUUAAUUAGCUUCCCUUUUAUAAUUAAAUACUUCACUAAACUUCUAACCCCAGAGCAGAACGUCUCAGCUAACCACUUUUCUUCUACAUGUACAAAUUUAUAGGCUAAAGAUUUUAAUGACAAAACAUGUUUUUUGUUUGGGAGAAAUCAAUUUAUAAACCUUAUCUGCUGAAAAGAAACAUGAUAGCAUGAACCCAAAGUUCUGUACACCCAUAUCAGCCUAAUAAGAUAAAUAUGACAAAACUGGGAUAAUGUUGCAUACUGCAUUACCCACAUUCUUACACAGUUAGAAAGUAAUAGGUGGUAUAGCAUAAGGAAAGAUAUGGAGUCAAAGGAUCUGUGAUUAUUUUAAAGGUGGCUUGUCAUUAAAACUGUUACUGCCUAUUAUCACAAAAAAAAAACACCCGUAAUGGAGAGAUAUGCCACUUUCUUGCUUAGCGGAGCAUUCUUUUGUUGGGAACCACAGAACGCAGUUUUUGUUAAGUUGUUUUCACUGUAUUAUAGUAUCAGAGACACAGAGCUUUAAAACUCACAAGGAAGGCUAUGAACACAACACAAUACUUCUCCACAAGAUGUUUGUAAACCAAACCCAAGUGAACGCUUCUGAACAAACCAUUCAAUUACGCAACAGAACGGAAAAGAGAAGCUACAAGUUUUUUCGGCAAUCCCUCACUUGAUUUUUGCAGUUUUGAAGCAGUAAUGUUUGAGGGCUCUAAAAGCUCUUUCCAUAAUUUUAAGUGUUUAUUUAUUUGAAGGUGACAGAAAAGAGGGGAACAUGGAUAUUUUAAAUUACGUACAUGGUAGGUGUAUGAUCAUAUCUUCAGAAUUCUAAACUUGAACAACACUCCCUCCCCUCCCCUGCACCAUUCAUAUGGAUACAAUAACUUGCCAAAUGCCGAAAUUAUUGCCACAGCUGUACCUCUCCACUUAUAGCUCUAUUUCAAUUAUGUGUCAUUCCAGUUUGAAGUCUCUCCACAAUUCAUAAUAUAAACUAUGCAUUUCCAUCACCAGCUGAAGAGAAAAUCAGCUACAAGCCAAAAGGAGAUUAUCGCAGAAUGAAAUUACAAUUGCAUCAAAACUCUGGGGUCACGACGGAUAAUUUACCGAUAAGACCACGAGCUUUCACUCUGCUUACAUUGUGUCAAACUUUGAUUUAUGGAAAGCGCUAAAGUUAUAAUACAUGAUAUAAGACACAAUAUCCACCUUCUUAAAAUCAGGUAAUGAUUCAAAAACUGAUUUGUAAAUAAAUUGUAAAGAACUAUAUGUACUUUUGUUCAUAAACUUUUACAAUUAGUAAGAAUAAUUUGCCAAAAAAACAAUGCAAAAUUAAUUUUAGUUCAUACACAACAAACCAUCAAUCUGCCACAAAGUAUGGAAACAGCUGAUCAAAUUCUUAAUACCACUUUCAUUCUGGAAGCCAAUGUUUUUGUAGUGGCUUAAGAACAUCUUGAGAAAAUGAACAAUUGUAAUUCCAACAUCCAUAAUUCAGUACUGUUUUGUAGCGUAAAAAUCUUGAAAUUUUCAUACGGACUAUUAACACCAGUAUUGCAUUUAAAUGGAUCAAACCUAGCAUCCAUUCUAAAUUCCAUAAAUGAAUGAUGACAAAUGACACUACAUUGAAUUUACAUUUUGUAGUUGCAAGAGAGUUUCAGAAAAAUAAUGUUCUUACAAGUAUUAAGUGAUCUGACUUUAUAAACCUGUGGUCGUCUCUCUCUCUCUCUUUUGCUUGUAGUUCUGGUUUUCUCUCAUUAAAUCAACACCUCAGUAUUUUACAUGGGCCAAGUGCAGAUGUCUUUUUUUGUGUCAAGUCUCUCUCCCAAGAGUAAGGCAGGAAAACGCAGACAACACUGCAAGAUGAAUUUGUAAGAACACUGCUAAAUCCUGCAAGUUUUAAAAUGAAUGAAAUUUGCUUUGGUAUAAAGUACUGAAACACGAUGAAAACCGAGAUCUGUUCUUUUCUGUAGAAAGGGUGGAAAAUCAGUUAAUAUGGAACAUAGUAAGUCUUAAAAUGACAACUGCACUUAGGUCUUCACACGUGACAAAUGCUCCCACCGAUCAUUACAAAACGUUAAGUUACGAUACCUCAAUUCAUCACAAAGGAAUACAAUUAUACUUUCUAUAAAUUCGAUAAACAAUGUUAAAUCAAAAUUGUACACAUUACUGCAAUUGAUAAACAUCUUUAUUUUUUUCAAACUGUGUUUCUCGAAUUUAACGAUGCAAUGCCGCCUUGUACCACUUUCAUAAAACACAAUUUUCUAGAGCAUUAGUCUACACGUAACAAUUUUAAAUUUGUCAGUAUUAAACAGUGCAUAACGUAACAUGAAAUUAAAGGUCUCGCUAUACUGGGAAAAGGGCAAUAUAAUGUUUAAGAGUAUAUUUUAUUAUCAACUUGGUUCGCAUUUUGUCUUAAAAUGACUGUACACAAUUAUAACCACCAAUUUUCAAAACUGGUAUAGAUAUUCUUAUAUUUUGGUAGAGGAUGUUGAGAAACUGAUAUUCACAUGAUUUUAGAAUUUGUAUACUUAUCAAUUGGUUCUCAUCCUCUGUUAAGACUAUACAAAAUGUCACCUUUACUCAAUCUGCUCCUGCAAAGUAUAAUUUGUAACUUGCACCGUGACAAAAAUGUGGUGAUUCAGCUGAACUAGAUGUUCAGCGGCAGAAGAAAUAAUAAACCAGAAUAAACAAGGAAAUAGCAAUUAUCGGUAGCCAUAAUGACAAUGCAGGAGGAAAAGUAGAAAGGUGUAUUGUAGUUAUUUAUAAUUUCCAAAUUCAAUUAAUGUGUAAUGUCACAGACAAAAUUUUGUUUUAUACAACAGGCUAUCUCUAACAACCUUCUGUUCAGUACUUUCUGAGUAAACAGGCAGGCAAAACUUCUAAAUUCAACUUUCAUACACUUCAACCUAUAUCAAUUACAGUCAUAUCACCAGGUGGCUAUGUUUCUAAUUAGAUGCGAAUCGCCUUAAUUAAUAUAAGAAAUCGAACUACAUUAAGAACUGAAUGUAGUUCCUGAUUACGUACGUCAAAUGUGAUUUUUUUUUCUGCAACGAAGCACAUUAAUUGUUUUCGAAAUUAUUACAAAUAUGACAUAUACAGAGUGUAUCUCAAAGGGUUGGCACAACUGUACAGGAAAAUUCAAAACACCAAAUCGAUGUUUUCUUUCCCGAAAUUUCCGUCUCAGGAUCAUUCAUGCCUAAUGGGUUUUUUUUAAACGAACUUUGUUUUAAUUCAGAGUAAUGACAGGCUUGCGACGUCAAACGGGCUUUCUGAGCAUUUGAUACGAAAUUUUGGUUCCGAGAAGGAAUGAAAUAAAAAAUUGUAUGACGUCGCGUCGGGGAACAGAAUGGUUGUAACUUGGACUUAUAUUCGUUUGAACUGUUUCUUUGUUUUAGCGUGUGUAACUCAACCAGACCUCGAAGUUGCACCUCACAAGCUGUAUGUUUUCAAAUUUGAAAAAAAAAAAAAUUCGCUUCCAUAAAGCGGCAAUAUGCAUAGAAAAAUUUGAGAUCCACGUGAAAAUCUGACAUUACAGUUUAGAUUAGUUUUAUGAGCCUCAAUGUGUUUCAUAGUCCAAAGUGACGGCUAGUUUUAAGUUAUAUGUGUUGCAUACAAUUAUGAUUAUAAUUAAGAUGAUUAUUUAUUUUAAAAUAAGUGUAUUUUCGUUGUUAAUGAUGAUAGUAUGGUUAUGGCCCAAAGAAGUCUUACAGAGGCUGGGGUGGAUUCACACCCGCAUUAUAUCACUAACUGCCUGUGAAAUACAUUUGAGUUUCUUACCUUAUAUUAAAUUUAACUGGGUGUCAUGAUUGACUAUCUGAUUAUUCCACACAUUCAUGUCAACCUCACAGUUAACAAAUCAGAUGCUCCACGAAACAAUACAAUGGGUUGCAUUUUGUAAAAUGUAUUCAAUUGUCAAAAUGGUAUUGUGUUAAAUCGAGUAGCUAGUAUUUUCUAUUGUUAUAUAUACCUCUCACUCUGAGUCUUGUAAGUAGUAGUAAUGUAAACUAAGAAUUAUAUUAAGAUUACAAUGUGAGGAAUGAAGAAAAGUGAAAGGAAUUCAAUGGUGAAUAAUAACAAUUUUAGCAUAUCCCAUGCUA